AUGUCUUACGUUGCCCAACAAGCCCGCUUGGUGGCCGUGACCACCACCACCACGAGCAGUGCCGUCAGCCCUGGUAGCACCAGCGGCGUGACACGUGGCUCAGACGCCGUCGCCUGCUGGCAGAGAUCUCCGUUUUCCCCUCGUUGUAGCUCUGCCAGACCUCUUCUCUCUUCCCCUUCCAGCCAUUCAAACCAUAUUCACAGACUGGAACGGCCGGAUGCGUUCCUCCGAAGCAGUCCGCAUCGUCUCUGUCAGCUGGCCAGAAGGUCCGUCGUCCUUGUCCAAGCCGCAAAAAAUAAAUCCGUAGCGAAGAGCAAGGGAGGGACCGAGAAGGACGGGAGAGAUCAAGAGCUGGUUAAGGUUGUGGUGCACGGGUCGCAGGAUUCUAAGAACCUCGUCAGCGAGCAAUCUACUUCCUUCUCGUUCCUCGAGCGCUUACCGUUACCCACCGGAUCGGCAAAAUGGUGGACGGUAGGCGGAUUGGCAGCAGCUGUACUGGCCGUGGUCGGGGUCUGCGCAGUGCUCGUUCGCAGAGCCAGGGGACAGGAGGAGAGGCCUGUGGACUCGCUAGCUCGGCGAGGAUUCAUUGCGGCCGACAGAUCUGUGCCGUUGCGCGUGAUUCGCGAGUUCGACGACCCGACAUCGGUGCGGAAUUACCGCAUAGGCAAUGCGACUCUGGUUGAGCUGGAGCCAUUGCCGCCUCUGACUAACGAGAAGAUGGAGUACCACAGGCAGCAGCGUCGCAAGGAGCACGGGUGGAAGAAGCCGGAGCUAGUGCUGGUGGAAGGAGACCCGGUGCCGGAGGGCGUGGAUCCCAUGACAGUGCGGUUCAUCCCACGAAGACAUCCCUUCUCGCUUAAUCAGGGAGAGGGCGAGGAGGAGCUGUCGGAAGAGGUUGCUCGGCGUAGAUUGAUGCAGCGACGGGGUCGACCAGAGAAGGAGCAGGAGAGGAGUCGGAGGCAGCUGGAGAGGUUGAGACGGGAAGUGGAAGAGAGGGAUCGGGUAGAAAAGGAGGAGAGGGAGAGGAAUCAGCGCUCAGAAGGAAGUGUUAGGCAUGUUACUUCAUCUGGUGAUACAUGA